UCCAGAUGCCCAUCCAGCCUCCAAGCAAAGACACAGAAGAGAUGGAAGCAGAGGGCGACUCGGCCGCCGAGAUGAAUGGGGAGGAGGAAGAGAGUGAGGAGGAACGGAGCGGCAGCCAAACUGAGUCAGAGGAGGAGAGCUCAGAGAUGGACGAUGAGGACUAUGAACGGCGCCGUAGCGAGUGUGUCAAUGAGAUGAUGGACUUGGAGAAGCAGUUCUCGGAGCUGAAGGAGAAGUUGUUCAGGGAACGACUGAGUCAGCUGCGCUUGCGGCUGGAGGAAGUGGGGGCUGAGAGAGCUCCCGAGUACACAGAGCCUCUUGGGGGGCUACAGCAGAGCCUCAAAAUUCGCAUUCAGGUGGCAGGGAUCUACAAGGGCUUCUGCCUGGAUGUGAUCAGGAAUAAGUACGAGUGUGAGCUUCAGGGAGCCAAACAGCACCUGGAAAGCGAGAAGCUGCUGCUGUAUGACACACUGCAGGGGGAGCUGCAGGAACGGAUCCAGAGGCUGGAAGAGGACCGCCAGAGCCUGGACCUCAGCUCCGAGUGGUGGGAUGACAAACUGCACGCCAGAGGCAGCUCCAAGUCCUGGGACCCCCUGCCGCCCAGCAAGAGGAAGAAGGCACCUCUCGUUUCUGGCCCUUACAUUGUGUACAUGCUGCAGGAGAUUGACAUCCUAGAAGACUGGACAGCCAUCAAAAAGGCUAGGGCAGCUGUGUCCCCUCAGAAGAGAAAGCCAGACGAAAAGCACACCCACAAGCCCCCAGGGUCUGCCCAGCUGCUCCAGUGUUGCUGCUGGGCCCUCCCCUCCAGCCGUUACUGGCCUGGACUCCUCUGCCCUCCCUGAGGCCUGCACGACUGUGGCUGCAGAGUCAACCUGGCUGGGCAAGACUGUCAUCCCCAUCCCUGAGCAGCCCACUGCCUCCCCUCUUGAAGACCAGCCUCCUCAGGGUUUCCCUGACAAAGAUGACGUCCUAAGCCAAAGCCACAUCCUGCUGAUCUUGGACCCUGGCCUCCAGCCACUGGGCUAGGGAGCUGGGCCCCACUGUGCGGGGACUCUGAGCCAGAAAGGAUAUUUGGUGACUGUCCAUCCUGGCUGGAGCUGGAGGUGACAAGCCAGGCUCCCCAGGUUUUCUCAGGGCAGUUCUUGGUGGCUGCCUCCUAGAUUUGAGGACUGAAAUUAAAGCCUCUCCUGAGACUCUGG